AAAAAUUAAAGAAAAAGUCAGUUUGACUGCCACACCCACAUCGCGGCCGUCCGAUUGGACGGCCGCGAUCGCCCCUCGUCCGGGUCAACAAUAAAGCAGGGAGCAUCCAUAUCUCCUCAUCGUGCCAAUUUAAUAAAGGAAGGAAAAGGAAGGCAUAUCACCACUCACUCACAUUCUCUCCCCGUUGUUGCGUUACACGGUUAAGUGUUUGCUUUACUUUUCUUUCUUCUCCCAAGUUCCGCGAUGACACGCUUCACGGCACUUAAAUGUUCUUGUCAUCGCCCAAAACUGCCAAAGCGAUCAACAGUGAGACGAGCAAACCUGGAUUAUAAAUCCCACCCAGACCUCCUCCUCCUCCUCCGUUCUAGUUCUCCUUUUUCGCAGCGCUCUUCUUUUUUUCUCUCUUAUCUGGUUCUUCCAGCCGCGAGGCGAUGGCGAGCAGCAGCGCGAGCUUCUCGUCCCUGUUACAGCCACAAGUCAGUCGCAGCAGCGGCAGCAAAAGGAAGAACUUGCGAACGAGAUCGGGAAGAACAGUCCGGAUAAGCUGCGAGAAGUCCUCGGAAGAAAUGCGAGAUGUCAAAACUCUCGUCCCACCAAGUGGCGGCAGCUUUAGAAAGCAGCUCACCUCCAUGCCGUGCUCGUCGGGAUUCCGCGACUGGAGGAGCUUCCGAGCGGCGCUGCUGAUGAACGAGGCGGGGCAGCAGCAGCAGCAGCAGCCUCAUCAAGCUUGGGCUCACCAGAUCUCGUGCCUGGAGCCGGGCUCCGUGCUCGUCGCCACCAGCGCCGUGCAAAGGCACUCUUUGUUCCAAAACUCGGUGGUUCUCAUCAUCCAGUCCAGCGAGAGCUCUUGCAAGGGCCUCAUUCUCAACAAGCUCAUGCCUUUCCCUGUGGACGACGUCCCGUUGAUGGAGCCCGACGCGAUUCGCUUGGCCGAGCUUACGUGUCCCGCGUUUGUGGCCGGGCCGCACUUCCCGUUUUCCUACAAGCCACAAGUCCACUUGUUAACGUCCAGCAAUCACUUGCGAGGCUACAGAACGCUCACAGAUGGACUUUACCUCGGCCAAAGUCACACGCUGAGAUCGACCGUGAGCAGCGUCCAGCGCGGCCUUGUGGAUCCGGAGGACGUCCGGAUCCUCGUCAACGAGGUGGAGUGGGAGCGACAGCAGCUGGAGGUGGAGAUCCGGGCCUCCAACUGGUGGAAGAUCUUGUCUUGCAGCAGCGACACGCUGCUUCAAGUUCCAGCGUCUCAGCUGUGGAGAAGUUUGACUAGGCACCUCGAGUAAUAGCAGAGAUUCGAUCGUAUCCCGUGUUGUACAAAGCUGGCCUGCACAAUGGAAGAGCACAGUGUUCAGUCUCGCACAAAAAGGAGAGCAACGCGAUAAGGUACACGUUGCAGUGGAGGCAUUGUAGCUUUAGCGAGGACCGAAAGAACAGGCCAGGCACACAAAAGCAAGCAAGGAAAAAGCGCAGCCAGAGUGUUAGAAAACGAGCAACGAGUUUUUAUUGUAGACUUCCAGCUUACACACUCACGAAAUACUUACGACACCGUCAAUCCGCUUC